UGUUGUAUACAUUUUUUGUCCUUUUUCAGGUUGUUCUAGAUUGGAGCCAUGUAUUGGCAUUUUCCUCUCCUCUUUGCUGCCUUGACUUCAACAUGUGUGUGCUUUCCUCAAAAUCCUUUGUCACUUGAGGAAUUGGGAUCAGACAUUGGAAUCCAAGUUUUCAAUCAGCUGGUCAAAACUAGAGCUAGUGAUAAUGUUGUGGUUUCUCCGCAUGGAAUUGCAUCAGUGCUUGGGAUGCUUCAGCUAGGAGCAGAUGGCAAGACAAAGAAGCAGCUGACUACAGUGAUGAGAUACAGCGUAAAUGGAGUUGGUAAAGUAUUGAAGAAGAUAAACAAAGCUAUUGUCUCACAGAAGAAUAAGGAUAUUGUUACAAUUGCAAAUGUGGUCUUUGCAAACAGUGGGCUGAAAUUAGAAGCACCUUUUGUUUCUAGAAAUCGUGAGGUGUUUCAGUGUGCUGUCAAGAAUGUAGAUUUCAACGAUCCGAAUGCUGCUGCUGAGGCUAUGAACCAGUGGGUCAAAAAUAAGACUGAGGGUAUGAUGGACAGUGUCCUAACACCAGAUGAUAUCGACAGUGUUCUGACCAGACUAGUAGUGAUAAAUACAAUAUAUUUUAAGGGAUUAUGGAGGUCCCGAUUUCAACCAGAAAACACAAAAAAGCGAACAUUCAAUGGAGGUGAUGGAAAGGCUUACCAAGUGCCUAUGCUGGCUCAGCUGUCAGUGUUCCGAUGUGGCACAACAAGCACUCCUAAUGACUUGUGGUACAAUAUUAUAGAACUGCCAUAUCAUGGUGAAAGUAUCAGCAUGUUGAUUGCUUUGCCUGCACAAAGUUCAACUCCCUUGUCUGCUAUUAUUCCUCAUAUUAGCACAAAAACUAUACAGAGCUGGAUGACAACUAUGGUUCAAAAAAGAGUACAGGUCAUUUUACCCAAGUUUACAGCAGAAGCAGAAACAGAUUUAAAAGAACCUCUCAAGGAGCUUGGCAUUCGAGAUAUGUUUGAUCAAUCAAAGGCAAACUUCGCAAAAAUAACAAGAUCAGAAAGCAUUCAUGUAUCUCAGAUCUUGGAAAAAGCAAAAAUUGAAGUAAGUGAAGAUGGAACCAAAGCUUCUGCAGCAACAACUGCAAUCGUAACAGCCCGGUCAUCGCCUCCUUGGUUUGUAGUGGAUCGACCAUUUUUAUUCUUCAUACGGCACAAUCCUACAGGUGCUGUUUUGUUUAUGGGACAAAUCUCCAAACCUUGAGUGCAGAAAGAAAUUUUCCUUCUGAAGAAAACUAAAGAUUUAUGCCUUUGUACUGUUUAAAUAUUUUUGUACCCUAUUCUUCAGCUAUGAACUAGCUUUGGAUGUCUUGGUCAUCUAGUUUUUGAAAGAAGAACCUUAAGUAGCUGGAAUUCUUUAUGGAAGAAUAAAAUGCCUUUUUCAAAACAUUGUAAAGUUCCUUAAAACUACUGAUUAGCUCUCUGUGCUAACAACUUUUGAAAAUAAUUUGUUCUGACUAUCUCAUAUUGUCUUUAAGCUGAGUUGGAAUUAAAGGGACAAGUCUGAUGUUGGUUUGGGUUGGAUCUGCUUAUGCCUUUCUACUUCUACUACUGUUGCCAGUUGAGUAGUUGGAUGAGGCAUUUGCCAUUAGAAAUCAAUUUAAAGCUUUAGCCAUUUUUAUUUUAGAUUGUGCAUGUUGCUGAGAUUUAAACAACUAAUGUCCCAAUUAAUGCCUUUGCAUUGGUGUAAUGUAAAUUUGUCAUUGCUAGUAUACACUUUCUAUAGAUUUAAAUUUUAUAUUUUUUGUACAAAGGAAAAUAAAACCAUAAUGAACAGUUGAAAAUAGUGCAAGAGUCAAAGUGAUAUUGGAGGGAAAUGGUUAUGCACAAUUCAGAGAGUUGAAAGUAAACUGUUACUAAGACGGAAUUUCCAUGUGAUAAAAUAAUUCCUGUAAGGAAUGAUCUGCACAUUGGAAUACCUCUGUUAAGUAAAUUUUCAAAAUGUC